AUGUCCUCCCGAACAGACCCGGCUGCGCGCCUGCGCUCUCGCCGCUCCAUCGCCCAUGUACCGCGAUCCAAGAUGACGUCUCUUGAUAAGGAGAAUGCGACAGCAGACUUCGGCGCGGGGGUCAACUCCAAGCCAGCAGUAAAGGACAAGAAGUCCCGCAGUAAGAGUCUGGGACCUGGCGGGCUGGAUGCGCUGCAGAAUUCCAAUGGUAAUCGUCGCAAGUCCACAGCCGCCUUUCCACUCAAGUCGAUUCUAAAGCCCACGAUACCUGUGGCCGUACGAAACAUCCCGUCUUUUGAGGAAACACGAAACAAGCGGACUCCAGCUCGCAAUGUCCCGCAAAGCCACGAUGGCACCGCGGAUGAUGAUGGCCGAGGGAAGGAGGGUUUAUUGAUCGACUUUGAAACGACACCGCAGCCCUCACGGACAGAAAAUGCAAACACAACCAACCCAUUCGACACCUUCAACGCAACGUCUGCCAUUCGCGACGAAAUGGCCGCCACCAAAGAGCGUGACGAAAAAGAGCGCCAGGAACGCGAAAAACAGGGCAUGCUGGAGAAGCGAGAAGCGCGACGCAAGUCGCUUGCCAAUCGCCGGGUGUCGUUUGCUCCGGAAGCAACCUUGCACACAUGGAACGUGAAUGAAAUCCUCGACGAUUCGACCUCUUCAUCUACCUCAAACUCAACCAGACGAGCCUCCUCUCUCACCAACUCUUCGAACGUACCGCCGCCAUCCACCCCCGCGGCCGAAGCUCCCUCCUCGCCUGCGGAUUCGGAGUUCGGUUUCUCUCCCGUUCGCCAGCAGGAUCUGCAGCAGAUAGCCUCUGGCACCCGUGAAGCCUCUCAUGAUCUAUCGUCUAGCCCUUUCAGCGGCAGUUCUGUUUCUGGAAGUGAGGAUACCGGUGCACAGAGCAUGGCUGGAGAGGAGGUGGAUGACCGGUCCUCCGGAUCUGAGGAUGGAUUCGACGCCGAGAGCACUGCAAUGAGCAUGGAGGAUAUGACCGACACAUCCUCGCGCUCCAGCUCCAGUGCCAGACUCAACGAAGCCCUACAGCACGCAGCACGAGAAGCUGGGACCCGCGCCGUUGACGAAGACGAGGGCGAGAUGUCCAUGGAAAUUGCGGAUCAAGAAAUCACUGGCGCAUUCCAGCCGUGGAUCAAAAAGGGCCAGCGGCAGAGUUUUGACUGGGAAGACAUCAGCGCUCGGCAUGAUCAAGAGAAUGUGGACCCAUCCAAGGUGGCUGCUCCUCCGCAAACCCUCCCAGAGUCUGAGGACACCGAUUAUGAUGAGGAUCUCAGUAUGGACGUGACAAACGCGGUGGGACGCAUCCUGGGCCAGUCUGCUGGUCGUCGUAAGAGCGUGGUCCGUCGCAAGUCGUCUGGCGAACAAUCCGACUAUGAUGACCAAACUAUGGAGAUGACCAAUGUGGUCGGAGGCAUUGCGCCACCGACUGCUCCCAACAAUGUCAACGAAGAUGGCGAUAUGACCAUGGAAUUUACCGGAGUCGUUGGCGGAGUCUUGAGCAGAAAUGCUGAGAACACCACCCCAAAGUCGGACCGCAUGGAUACGGAUGUGGCAUCCGACGACGACAUGGACAUGGAGAUGACCGGUGCGAUUGGGGGCAUUCUUCCGUCGGGGGUGCAAGCCAGUGAUAAAGCGCAGGCAAAAAGACUCAUGGAGCUUGAGACCGAGUCUGGGCAAUUGAACAGCUCACCUUUCCAGGAGAAUGUCAGCCAAUCUCCUGCCAAAUCACCGGCCAAAUCACCGCUUAAUUACCAGGUGGCCGCCGUUGCUUCUGAGAAUGGAAGCCCCAGCUUGGCUAGUGUGAGAUCCAGAGUUUCACGACAUAGCUCUACCCUCGGCGCGUCGAGCACCCCUGUGUCGGCAAACCGUCUGCACUCGCCAGUCAGGAAGCCAUCGACUCCUUCGAAACAGACAACUCCCCGGGUGAGGCCAACUACGCCUAGCAAGACUCCGCCGUCAGCCAAUGUUACUUUCAGGAGUGCGUCGCCAAAGAAACUCUUUCAACCGGAGAUUUCGCAAUCUUCCAACAAGCGCAAGUCUUUGCGCCAGAGUAUCUUUGAACAGAACACAGCCACUGGUGAGUCAACACCACUCGUCGUGUUGCAACCCCGUGAGGGCCGCCGCUCUUCCGGUCUUGGUAUCGACAAAGAAGGUCUUGGGUCUCCUCGCGUGGCUGCCAUGCUCGAUAAACGACUGUCGCUGGGAGAAAACACUCCACAGUUUGUCCCCCAUGAUAGAGCGCGUGGUGGUGUGCGUUUUGAAGACCCAUUGAAGCUCCAAGAGGAGGAGGACCGUGCUCGUCAAGAAGAGGAGCUCCGGGAAGAUGGCCAUAUCCGGUCGUCGCAGUCCGGGGAAAAGGAUGUAACUGCGAACUUGAAGGAUAUGAUCUCAAGCCUCAGUCCCAAGAAGACCAAGGUUGGCAGCCGAAAGAGUCUCCACGUCGGCGCCGCUCGCGGAGUCCUCGGAAAGCGGCCAGUCGAGCUCGACACGGACGAAGAAGAAGCAGAGAACUCCCCCAAGCGACUGCGAGGCCACGAUGUCAGUCCCGUCAAGGGAGUUCGGUUGCCACCACACACCUCCAAGGAUGAAACAGCUCGCCGGUCGAUGCGUUCGCCUCUUCGCAGAGCUUCAAGCUCUUCGCCUCUCAAGGGCAGUGCUACUCCUGCGCAAGAGCCACGGAGAGCCUCCAAACCCUCGACGACUCCUCUGAAGAAUGGAAUUGAGUUCUCGCAUAUUGCUUCUGAUCCCCAGCAACCAGAGCAGGAAGAAGACACCCCAACCGAGGAAGUUGACGGCGAAUACGAGCCGAUUGAGCUACAGGACUUCCUGAACAUGACCAAUAUCCAUUUCAUGGAACUCACCACGACAAAGAGAAGGCAUACCACUGCGCCCGGCAGCGCUACCAAGAGGCUGAGCAGGAACAGGCGUUCUGGAGAGGACGUCCCCAAGCCGGGCAUCGUUACCUUUGAUGAUUGUGUCGCAGCUGGAUUCUGUACAGUUCCCAUGCUCGAGCUAUACCAGCACUCAUGCCGGGAGUUGAAGUCCUACAUCUCAGAGGGUCGCCAGGUGAUUAGGUCCAUUGAGAUCGAGACCUGCAAUGACAACCCUCCCCUAUUCCGUGAGUAUGUCACGGCUCCACCAGACAUCAGGGUCAUUAUGGACAACCAAUUCCGAAACGUCAAGACCCAUGCCCGGCUGCUCAGCAAGGCUACUUGGUACGAAUGGCGGAUGAAACUCCUCGAGGGGUUGAAGGAGGGGCUCAACCGACACGUUGAAGAAAUGAAAGCCGACGACGCUCUGUUGACGAAACGCGAGAAGCAUCUCAACAGCACUGUCCCUCAGUUGGUUGAGAAACAUGGCUCUCUGGAGCAGGAAGCUGCCAAUCUCCAGCUGCUUGUUGAUGAGAUGGAGAGUUGUGACCAGAAUGAGCUGCGUGGUGCGCGGGAAAAGCUUUCGGGUGUGGAAGCUGAGAUCGAGGCGAAGAAGAGGGAGCUACAACAAUUGCAGGAAGAAGUUAAGGAGAAGAAUAUCAAGAUUGAGGCCGGUGCAGAAGUUCGCGCCGAGUACCUGGCUCAGAUUCAGGAGGCAGAGCGUGUGAAGGAGGAGUGUCGUGGGUGGAGUGCGCGGGAGAUCAGCGCGCUGAAAGCCUCCGUCCAACGGAUCGAGCGCCAAACUGGCUGGUCGAUCGUUUCAGCGUCUGCCCCAUCUGACUCGUCAACGGGACCGCUGCUGUGCAUGUCAUACCGCGACCAGCUGCAACUAAAGUUCCACCCACAAGCAUUCGCUGUCAAGAACGCCACUCAGAUCAACCUCCCUCUUGAGCUGAUUUCUGCCAAGAGCAAGAGCAUCUCCCCUAUCGCCUCCUUAGUCCUCCAAUCCCUCCAACACCACCUCUCAACCAUCCAGCAAUCCCGCAUCUCCCCGAAACAGCUCCUCCGCUUCAUCACCGACGGAUGGAACCGCAUGCUCGGCCUCGAAACCGAAGCCCGCAUGCUCGAAUUCUGCGGCGUCACGCGCCUGACCCUCUCCGGGCCCAAUGAGAAGUCUCUCUCCCUCCGCGCGCGUUGCACGCUUCUAGGUACUGGCUCGUCAUCCACACCGGCUCGCAAGGGCUCCGCUGCAAAAUCCACUGCUGGCGCGAAGAGAAUCGACGUCGACUUUAGUGUACGCACGCGCAUUCAAAACCAGAAUAGUGAUGCCUUGCCUAUCGGAUCUCUGGACUUCGAUGUCGAUGUCCUCGCAACGAAGAUCUAUGGCUUUGGCUCGGGAAAUAAGUCCGGUCUCGCUAAUGCAGACAUGAAGGCUAUUCUCGGCAAGGGGCUGGCGAAGCAGAAUGAUGGCCAGGAUGAUACUCAGCUUGGGAAUGGGAUGUGGUGUAAAGCUGUGCGGGUGCUCGAAGGCUCAGCGUUUUGA